AUGGCAUUUGAUCUAUCUCUUGCUCAACCAAUAGCAUCCGUAUUAAAUUCAACUAGUUCUUGUAAUACAACAUUGAUUGAUUUUCUUUGCUACGCUCUUGCACGUGAUAUUCCAUCAUAUUUAUCAAAGCAUUCAUCUUAUUGUUCUCAUCAAACUCUGACAUCUAUUAUUGAAUGGAAUUCAUCUCAUUCACAAUAUAUUCCUUAUCAUCAAUCAUUAUUUAUACGAGCUAUAGAAUCACCAAUUACACAGGAAAUAUAUGAUGAAUAUAAAAAAUCAGUUGAAGAAUAUAUAACAAUUGGUAAUAAUGAUAUAUUUGCUGGUACAACAAUAUGUGGUAUACCACGUGCUAAUUUAACAUUUGAUUAUUAUAAUUCUGAACAUAAAUAA